AUGUCGACCAUCUCUCCUACCGAGGCGCAUGCCUCUACCGGUCGCGAUAUCGAGAAAGACCUUUUCCCCGUCCAACCUGCGACUGAGGUACCCGAAGGCUCCAAGACCGAGUCAGACGACGAUUCAACGCACGUACAAGAUGGUGUCAAACGGGUUGAAGCUAUCACUACUGUCUGGUCGAAUAAAUCCUUAUGGUCUACUUUCGCUCUCCUUUGGCUCGUAUCCUUCGUGUCCGCGCUGCUCUCGUCUAUCGAUAGCUCCUUAACUCCAUAUGUCACGUCCUCCUUCUCUAGGCACGGCCUAUUAGCUGUCAUCAAUAUCGCCGCCAGAGUAAUCGGUGGCGUUGUCACACUUAGUCUCGGCAAACUUAUCGAUAUUAGGGGGCGUAUGGAAGGGUUUGUUGGGUCAUUACUUUUGAUCACCGUCGGCAUGAUCAUGAAGGCAACCUGCCAGAAUGUUGAGACGUAUGCCGCAGCCCAGGUUUUCGCCUGGGUCGGCAGCGUAGCUCUUGGUUUUGUUAUCGAUGUCUUCGUAGCCGAUAUUACUACGCUGAAGAACCGUAUGUUUAUCUUCGCGCUCAACUCGACUCCUAACCUUGCGACCACUUUUGCUGGCCCUCGGAUCGCCGAGCUAUUCUACACGGAAGUCAACUUCAGGUGGGCAUUUGGUGCCUUCACCAUUAUCUUACUCGUGGUAUCUCUACCAGUGGUUGCUAUCCUUUUCUAUCACGAACGGAAAGCAAAGAAGUUAGGCCUGCUGCGUCCGAAAUCAGGUCGCACAACGAUACAGUCUAUUCUACAUUAUAUCAUCGAGUUUGAUGCUAUGGGCGCGAUUCUAGUUUCGGCGGGAUUCACACUCAUCCUCCUCCCAUUCAGUCUUGUGAGCUCGGCUUCACACUCGUGGCAGAGUGCAAGCGUAAUUGUCAUGAUUGUGAUGGGAGUGGUCAGUCUUGCUGUAUUCGCGAUUUGGGAGAGAUUUUUCGCUCGUGUCAAGUUCUUCCCUUUCGAAUUUUUAAAGGACAGAACCUUCUUAGGCGCUGUAAUGUCGUAUUUCAUGGUUUUUUUGACUACGUUCAUAUGGGAUGCUUAUUACAGCUCUUACCUCCAGGUUGUCCAAGGCCUCAGUAUCAGCAUCUCGAAUUACGUGCUCAAUGCUUACUCUCUUACUUCGUACUUCGCCGGCCCAUUCGUCGCCUUAUAUAUUCGCUACACCGGUCACGUCAAAUAUCCUGCUCUAGUCGCUAUACCCAUCUAUUUAUUAGGUACCGCUCUGAUCAUAUAUUUCAGAGUUCCUGGCGCUCAGGUCGGCUAUCUCGCCAUGUGCCAAGUACUUGUCGGCUUCGGCGCGGGCGUAAUUAAUCAGAUGUCUCAGCUUAUUACCAUGGCAUCCGUAAGGCACCAAGACGUUGCCGUUGCGCUUGCUAUUUACGGUCUAUUUGGCUCUGUCGGCUCUUCUGUUGGUUACGCCGUUGCGGGCGGCCUUUGGACGAAUAUUCUUCCAGUCAAGUUAUACGAAUUCCUCCCCGAAGAUAGCAAAAAUAUGACUGCUGCGAUUUACGGAGAUAUAACUAAGCAAAUGGAGUAUCCAAUCGGCACACCAAUUCGAGACGCCGUCAUUGAAGCAUAUGGCGAUGUAAUGAGGAAGAUGGUUAUCGUCGGCUCUGCACUUAUUCCUCUGACAAUUAUCUUUGUCGUUAUUUGGAGGAAUAUUAACGUUAAGAAGCUUGAGACAGUCGAGAAGCGAUCCAGGGGAAAUGUGUUCUAA